AUGCGGGAUUUACAUCAAAAAGGUUCUGCGGAGAAUAAGAACUUGUCUAUGUCAACUGUUUGGCCAAUCACUGAAGCGUGGAGCAGAACUACUUUCUCAAAGAUUGCUGGAACAGAAAACUUGCCAGAUCUUAAAUAG